AUGACGUCUUCUUUCCCUCUCUUCAACCUUCCCCUCGAAGCGAUUCUCCACGUGCUCAAGUCGAUGGACUAUGGAGAAUUCAUCAGUAUAUCAUUACUUUCUAACAGAGCAAAACGAGCCGUGAAGUUGAUGAACUUGAAAUAUAGGUAUUCAUUCGCUGUCAUAUCCAAUCACAUUAGUUUAGUCAUGAAUUUUGACGGAACACGCGUGGAAUUGAGGUUCACAAUGGAUAAAAAACGAGAAAAUCAAGCAAAUGAUUCUUUGGCAUUACCGGAUAAAAUGGAAUUGAGAAUUUCUACUAGCAGACCACUCAAAAAAUGGAUUGGGAAAGGAGGCUGCAUUAAGAGAUGGAUCACUCAUUUCAAUGCGGUUUUCCAUUUUUCCAAGUUGUAUUGCCUUCAAUUCGAUGAGAAUGCAUCCCGUUUUGAUUUCGAAGAGCUGAAAACCCUUUUCUGUAGCUACGACGAACUCCGUGUCUACUGUAAAAAUCAGUCGUAUGUGAAAUCUAUUUUGAAACAUUUCCCUACGAGACGCCUGUCGUUUGAAAAUGAUAUUUUUAAUCUCCUGCAGGAUCCUUAUCCAGUGUUAAUUCAAAAUUAUGAUGAACUUGUUAUUGAACCAUUACUUUACUCACCAAAUAGAAUGGAGUUGGAUGAUCUACUGAUCAUAAAUAGUAAAACAAUAGAAAUCAAUAAUAUAGACUGGACGGGAAAACAACUCAAUAGAUUUCUCAAACAUUGGAUCAAAGGGUCUAAUCCCCGAAUGGAAAAGCUCAGCAUAGAGUUUUUUUUCACACUAGAAGUUUCCAACAAAUCCGAUAUUUUAAAAGGAAUCAAGUGCAUGGAAAUGCCUGCUGAACAUACAAGAUGGUUCAAAUCCUCCCACGGAGUAAUCGAAACAGUCACAGGAGGAUAUGACUUCUAUAGAUGUGAUGGGACAAAAGCGACAUUGACUUUCCGGAGUUUGGGCAUUUGUAGUAAGUUGGAAAUGUAUGUCUGGUAUCCACAUUGUGUGGUAGAAGUGAAAGAAAUGGAAAACUAA